GCAAAUGUUACUUCACAUGAUUUUUACACAUCAGUCAACCCGAGAGAUUCUAGAGAGAGAGAGAGAGAGAGAGAGAGAGACUGUGUGUGUGUUUCUCAGCCAGUCAAAGCUUUUGCGGAAAGCGACAGCUCUAACCUCUAUCUUGGUGAUUUGGAUGAUCGGCAGCUGUAGGGUUUGAAGCUGGAGCUGGAUUUGUGAGGUUAUCGAUGCUUUGCGUUUAGAGGUAUGGCUUCGGGUGGUGUAGCGGCUGAUAAGCCGCAAUGUGAUGCGAUGCUUGUGGAUAAGCUCCCGGAGGAAAUCAACGAGAUGAAGAUCGAAGAUGAGAAGGUUGAAAAGGAAAUGGAAGCUGCUGUAGUAGAUGGAAAUGGAACUGAGACGGGGCACAUAAUUGUGACGACGAUUGGGGGUAAAAAUGGUCAGCCUAAGCAGACUAUAAGUUAUAUGGCUGAGCGCAUUGUAGGGCAGGGUUCUUUUGGAAUUGUGUUCCAGGCCAAAUGUCUUGAAGCAGGUGAAACAGUUGCAAUCAAGAAAGUUUUGCAGGAUAAGAGAUACAAAAACCGUGAAUUGCAAACAAUGCGCCUUCUGGAUCACCCAAAUGUUGUAUCUCUUAAGCACUGUUUCUUCUCAACCACUGACAAAGAUGAACUCUACCUGAAUUUAGUUCUCGAAUAUGUGCCGGAGACAGUCUAUCGUGUGGGUAGACACUAUAGCAAAGCUAACCAGCGGAUGCCUAUGAUAUACGUCAAGCUUUAUACGUAUCAGAUUUUUAGAGCUUUGGCAUAUAUUCAUGGCAUAGGAGUUUGCCACAGAGACAUUAAACCUCAAAACCUUUUGGUCAAUCCCCAUACACAUCAGCUCAAACUCUGUGAUUUUGGAAGUGCAAAAGUUUUGGUGAAAGGCGAGCCAAAUAUAUCAUAUAUUUGUUCCCGGUACUAUCGUGCACCUGAACUGAUAUUCGGGGCAACUGAAUACACCAGCGCCAUUGACAUCUGGUCUGUUGGGUGUGUCCUUGCUGAACUUCUUCUUGGCCAGCCGCUCUUUCCUGGUGAGAGUGGAGUUGACCAGCUUGUAGAAAUUAUCAAGGUUCUUGGAACACCAACUCGCGAGGAAAUAAAAUGCAUGAACCCAAAUUAUACGGAGUUCAAGUUUCCUCAAAUUAAGGCUCAUCCAUGGCACAAGAUUUUUCACAAAAGGACUCCCCCUGAAGCUGUGGAUCUUGUAUCUAGGCUGCUUCAGUACUCCCCAAACUUACGAUACUCUGCUUUGGAAGCUUGCAUCCACCCGUUCUUUGAUGAACUCCGCGAUCCUAAUACCCGGCUUCCUAAUGGCCGUCCACUGCCUCCACUUUUUAACUUUAAGCCUGCAGAGCUAAAGGGAGCAUCGUUAGAGUUGCUGUCGAAACUGGUACCCGAGCAUGCUAGGAAGCAGUUCCCCGCCGUAGCUUCUUAAGGUUUAUUGAUAUGUUGAAAAAGACCCAAUUUCUGUUGUGUAAGCUGACACUCCUUGCUAGUUAUGUAACAUCUCACCUUGUCUCAUUAUCCUCUACUCUAGGCCAUAUUUUGUUCUAGUUCCAUUUCUUUUAUUUCUUACCA